UACCAGAGUCUCGAUGUGCCCGGUCCCAAAUGCAACAACUUCCGCUGCAGCUUUUGGUUUGUGCACCAUUUUUCCCCAUAACCACAAGCGCUCCUCGCUAACUAGUCUUGAAUUAGCAAUUGACAGACUGAAUCGUUGUCGUCACUACUUCAAAUAACUAAAACAUCCCUCUUUAAAUCUUCGUGCCCGGUUAAAGUCGUCACGGUGGGCGUUGAAGCUUCUUUUCUUCCUCGUUAGCGUAGCUUAGCUUACUUGGGCUUGGUUUAGCUCCCGCACCGCUUGGAAAGAGACGUGUGUGUUCGAACCCCGUCGCUAAGAAGAGGUCAAACGUGAACGUGAUUGCGCUAUCAUGUGAAAAUGUGUGCAAGACUGACAGCAGAGUAUGCGAAGGAACUUUCUGGAUUAAAAGAGGAAAACGAACGUCAACAUCGUCUGCUGCGUGGCACUCUUUUCAAGCAGCCGCGACAAAGAACAGAAAGUGAAAAACGGCAUCCUGACCAACAGGAGACAGAGUCACUUCACAUUAAAGAAGAGAAUGAGGAGGAAGAGGAGCACUCUCACAUUAAAGAAGAAGAACCAAUGUUCUCUCACAAUAUAGAGGAGGAGAAAUGUAAGUGGCGUGCUUACUUGAAGGAGGAAGACCCUCCUCAUAUUAAAAAGGAAGACAAGUCAGAAAGCUCCCACAUCAAAGAUGAAGAGGAUGAAAAUAUCAAGGCACCAUUGACCUAUGUCCUUUUUAAAAAGGAAGUUGAUGACAAUGUAGGUCAAUGUGAGCAGGACAGAAGGGCGGAGCCUCCAAGCAGCAGCUCAAGUCAACACAUGACACCGGAAGGUGAUGGAGACCACUGUGGUGGAUCCCAAGUUGACGGCCUCAUCGCUCCACUAUCAGAUAGUGACGAGAUAACGUCACACUCUCCUGAAACCGAUGAUGAUAAUGAACACUCGAAAGGUGAUAUAACAUGUCACACUGACAGCGAUUGCAGGAAAUGUUCUCAGUGUGGGAAGACAUUUAGUUCAAAGGGAAAUUUGAACGUUCACAUGAGAAUACACACCGGAGAGAAACCUUUUGUCUGCUCAGUUUGCGGUAAAAGAUUCUCUUAUAAGGACUCUUUAACGAUACAUACAAGAACUCACACUGGAGAAAAACCUUUUGCCUGCUCAGUUUGUGGUAAAAAAUUAUCCGAUAGCGGAACUUUGAGAACGCACACAAGAACACACACUGGAGAAAAACAUUUUGCCUGCUCAGUUUGUGAUAAAAGCUUCUCUGCAAAGUCCAGUUUAACAAUUCACACAAGAACACACACGGGUGAGAAACCUUUCCACUGUUCAGUGUGCGGUGAAAGAUUUGCUGAAAAGGGCACAUUGACAAUACACACAAGAACACACACUGGAGAGAAACCUUUUGCCUGCUCAUUUUGUGGUAAAAGCUUCAUUGCAAAAUCAUCUUUAACUACGCACACAAGAACACACACAGGAGAAAAACCUUAUGCCUGUUCAAUUUGUGGUCGAAGAUUCUCCUUAAGCGGAACCCUAAAAAAACACAAAAGAACGCACUGGGGAGAAACUCGUCGGGUUUCUCGUGCCAAAAUGUGUGCAAGACCAACAGCAAGGUACGUGAAGGAGUUUAGUGGAAUCAAAGAGGAGAAGGAACGUCAACCGCUGGACACUGUUUGCAAGCAGCCUCGUGUUGUGUUACACGUAGCAGGCGUCAGUGAAAAAUACCUUCGUCCUCGGCAGGAGGAGCCAGAUUCCCUCCACAUAAAAACGGAGAAGGAAGAGCACUUGAUUGUUAAAGAGGAAGAAAAGGAGCCCUAUCAGAUUAAAAAGGAGCCAGAAACCCAUCUUCUGAAGGAGGAUGUAGAGGAUGAUCUCACCAAGUCACCAUCAUACUUUGUCCCUCUGAAGAGUGAAGAUGAAGACAAGGGUCAGUGUGAGGAGAAGGGAGGGGCAGAGCCUCCUAUCAGCAGCUCAGGUCAACCCAGAGCAACAGAAGGUGAUGGAGAGCAAGAUGGAGGAUCCCAGGGAGAUGGUGACAAUAGAACCUCACAAUCUCCUGACGUAGAUGAUGGCCAUGGUGAGGAUGAUUGUGAUGACGAUGAGGACUAUAACUAUAAAGAUGAUGGUGAUGAACAAUCUGAAGAUGAUAUUGCACGUGAGAACAAAGGCUGGAAAUGUCUUCAGUGUGGGAAAACAGGUAGAUUAAAAGGGCAUUUGAGUGUUCAUAUGAGACGACAUACCGGAGAGAAACAUUAUAUCUGCUCAGUAUGUGGCAAAAGCUUCUAUGACAAGUCCAGUUUAACAACACAUACAAGAAUACACACCGGAGAGAAACCUUUUGUCUGUUCAAUUUGUGGCAAAAGCUACUCUGCAAAGGCAAGUUUUAUAAUGCACACAAGGACACACACUGGUGAGAAACCAUAUAUCUGCUCAAUUUGUGGCAAAAGUUUCUAUGACAAGUCCUCUUUAACAUCACACACAAGAACACACACAGGAGAGAAACCUUUUGCUUGCUCACUGUGCGGUAUAAGAUUCUCUCAUAAGGCACAUUUUAGAAGACACAAAAAAUUACACACUGGAGAAAAACCUUAUCCUUGUUCAGUUUGUGGUAAAAGAUUCACUCAGAAGGGUAACUUAAAAAUACACACAAGAAUACACACUGGUGAGAAACCUUUUACAUGCUCACUUUGCGGUGAAAGUUUCACUGUAAAGUCAAGUUUAAUAUCUCACACAAGAACACAUACUAAAGAGAAACCUUUUGUCUGCUCAGUUUGUGGUCUAAGAUUCUCUCAAAAAAGUCAGUUAGGAAAACAUGAAAACACACACUGAAGAAAAAACUGUCGACAUGCCUGUGCUAAAAAUUUUAACAGGGUGGUUUUAAGAGGGACGUUAGUGAGAACAGUAAUUGUUGAUUAUUUUAUUAAAUGCUAAAGAAAAUGACUUAAUAUGUAAAAAUGAGGUGGAACGGUGGAUCAACUGGAAAGCUUUGGCCUCACAGUUCUGAGGUCCCGGGUUCCAUCCCGGGCCCGCCCGUGUGGAGUUCGCAUGCCCUCCCUGUGCCUGCGUCGGUUUCCUCCCACAUCCCCAAAACAUGCAUUAAUUGGACACUCUAAAUUGCCCCCAGGGGUGAUUGGAAGUGCGUCUGUUUGUCUCUAUGUGCCUUGCGAUUGGCUGGCAACCAGUAGAGGGUGUACCCCACCAACUGCCUGUUGACAGCUGUGAUAGUCUCCGGCACUCCCACGAUCCUCGUGAGGAUAAGCUGCUAAGUAGGGACGGAUAAAAAAAAAAAGAAUGAUUUGGAAUAAAACGUGCAAGGGAAUUUUAUAACAGUGAUGGAAAGAUGUGAAGUCAACAAUGCUUUUCAGUGAUGUCACGCCCAACACGUUUUUUUGUUUACGACGCCAUCUUGAACAGAAGAUUGUCUACAAAUCAUGGCGGACUCGUCAUCGUCGGACCUAAACUCGACACUUUUAUCAGAUAUUGCACAACAGUUGGACAGUUAUCACAAACAACGAUGUACAGAAAAGAUAAAAGCAAUCCUCUCACCACCACCACCACUACCAUAUAUAUGUACAGAACAUGUACCUACCAGAAAUGAAAUGCUUGCUGCACAGUCGAGACAACAUGGUGGGCGCCCACUUGUCCCUCUUCAUGGCAGAUACCCAUCUGUCGCACCAUUCUUUGUUGGUCUCGGAAGCAAUAAAAGUGUAUAGUGUAAUGUUUUGGGUACGGUUAUCGUUUGAUCUUUUAUCUUGAAAGUCCUUUGACAAACGAACACUUUAACCAGAGGUGUUUGAGGCACUUUUGUUGGAGUGAGGAAUAAAGAAAGAAGCCACAUGUGAAACUCGAGAGCAAGUAUCAUAUCAUUAUUAGAUUGAGCUAUAGUACUUCUUGUAUAUAUAUCAAGUGUGGUGUGAUUGUGAUUGUGUUGACGUCAGCGGAGCGCGACGAGACAGGACGAUAACGAAGUGAGCUAGAAAGGUUGGUGGGUGGAAAAAGGGAAAUAAAUAUCACCUACAUUAAAAAAAGUUCAGUUGGAAACGUCUGUUAUUCAAUAACACGACAGCAAGAUCAUAACGUGGUGUCACAGUGACGGUCGUACAACUACGGAUUCACAGGGGAAAAAAAUGAACAAAGACAACAAGGAAUUGACCACGAUGUGUUCAGUGUUCCAAUCCCGAUGAUGGACUGGGACUCAUCCAAUUUACCAGAUCCGUGGCGGAGAUUCAAGCCACACGCCGAACUCAUGUUCAGAGGACUGCUUAAAAACAGAGCUGAAGAGGAAAAGUGUAGUUCCUCCUGCUGUGGAUUGGCAAUAAAGGAAGGGAUGUCAGCAAUGGAUAGGUUUCCGAUGAUGUCACCACAGUUGCAGGAGUCCCUUGCCUGCCAUUUUGAGUGGCUGAAGCAAGUUCGCAUCCAUGUCAAAGCAAGCAAGCAACCGCCUUUCGUCCGAUAAUAUGGGCCACACAGCGUACAUGCGUAGUUCGGGGCUGUACUAACCGCGCUGAAUCUGGGCAAACAAAGAGGUAGUAUUUUGAUAUUCCAAAGGUUGUUGUCAACCAGGGAAGUAAAACAAAGCGACUGUCGACAGAAAGACGGAAUCUAUAGUUGUCGAGGAUCAACCGAGCAGGAUUCCUUCCGGAUCCAACAAAGAGACACUAUAAAGUUUGCUCGGAUAAUUUUGGAACACGUAACGCUUUCAAUUAAAUACUUGAGGCAACAAGGAAUUAAUAAAUUGUGUUCUACACAAAGGGAGAAGGGAGAAUUCUUUAAGAAAAAAAACAAUAAACUUACAUUUUUAACUGCAGAGGGCGGUAACUAGUAAGACCUCUCUUCUAUAACUGUCUUGCUAUCCCGUAAUUUUACUGAAGCUGCGACUGCAAAAAGAAGGGCAGCCACGUGUGAACACAUGUCCAAGACCGGCCAUACAGGUACAUUGGCCGGAGAGAACGCAGCCAUCUUUUUGGGAUAUGAUCCAGGGAGGUAGUAGUGGCUCGGUAGACCUCUGAGAAUGUCUUACUCGAGCCGCCAUUACACACUGAUUACCGAUCACCGUUGCCAUACAUCUUGAACCCACUCACUUACAAAGUAAUUGUAGGCUUGUAGAGACUUGUAAGCCUUUAGUUCAUCAAGGGUAUAUGCGCUCACAGAAUUCACAAGAUAAUUAACGAUAUCUGAUAUCUAACGUCAGGGUAGCCUUCCACAUCGUCACUCCAGUCGCUUACUUGAAAUUCAUGUGGAUCUUUCCCGCCAAUGUCCUUCAAUUUCUCCAAGUAUCUGGCUCUGCUGAAAGUCUCAAACGUGUUUUUGUCCACUACGUUUGCUUUAAACGAUGUCAUAACUUUUACACCAAAUGGAAAAAUUAACAAUGAAAAAACUUCACGCUUCACUAUUCACCAAUGUUCUCUGAACUCUAAGACACACAGUAUGGCAUCCGGUCCAGGUCAUGAUGGGUAAUCAGAAACUUAUCCAUACAUGGACACAGACCGGAGACGAAAAAUUCUCUGAUUACCUCACUCUGAAAGCAAAGCCCAUAUUUGCUAGAUAUAAGUUUCACGAGUAGGUGCAAGGUAACUGUGAGUCAUGUAAGCACUUUGUGACAGAACUCCAUCUUUUGGUCAGACUCUAACUUCACAAACAACGAUGAGAUGGUCAGAGACCGCAUAUUUUUCGCUACCUACUCACCGAGUGUGUGCAAAGAAUUACUCAGCCAGGGGCCGAAGUGAUCGGCAUGGCCAGCUCCCACGAGUUAGCAAAAGUGCAGCUAAAGGCUAUGGCUAACGACAGCCACGAGGUUCAGGUGCUGGUAGGCAUCUUGACAGCCCAAAGACCUCCAUAAGGAUAUAUAGCAAGUGUGGAGGAUACCACAGUAAAUUAGCUGAAUGCCCAGCAAAAGGUAAACAAUGCCCUAAGUUUCGGACCCGGACCCCUCAUUCUGUCUGUUUUCACAUCCAUAAGCCACGCAAUGAAAUACCAUCACGAAAAGGCCGUAAGACGCUUAUAAGAAAGCCAAUAUUAAAAAAAAGAUCACUAAAAAAUGUGAGUUGCAUUAUAGUUUUGCCGUCCAUUAUGGCGUCGUAAACAAAAGUCGUGACUCAUGACGUCACGUGAAAAGCAUCUAUUGCUUCUGUGACAAAACUGCUGUUUUCAAGUACUAUCCUUGUUAGUGUUUAUCUCAAAGAUGUAAAUCAAACAAGGUAAAUAUGAAGAGGGAUAAAAGAUGUGCUUGUUAAAUGACCUGAAAUAAAAUCACUUACUGCAGUUGUAUAACUGCCUUUCAUUACAGCAAAAAUAAGUAAAUGGUAAUAACAUAAAAGAAAAAAAGCAAGCACUCCCAGGACCUCUCAAGAUUUUAACCUGCUUCAUGUUUGAAGCAUAUUUUCUUCAGCAUUUUUGCUUCACUUUUGAUUUUUACUGUACCAAGUC